AUGUCCUCGAUAGAACUUCAACCAAUUGUUCUUAACGAGAACGAAAAGAAGAUCACCGGUAUUCUUCGAGAAUAUGCCGGAUACUAUAACGAUAAAAUUGCUGAACCACAGGAAAAGCCACCAAUUGUACUAAGAAUUACAGGAGGAUGGGUUCGUGAUAAGUUGUUGGGAAAAGAGUCUCAUGAUAUUGAUAUAGGUAUCGACCAUUUAAGUGGACUCGAUUUCGUUACUGGACUUCAAGAGUAUUUGGAUUCUCCCAGUUCUUUGAGUGGAAUACAUAAAAUCAAGAAGAACCCGGAGAAAUCUAAGCAUUUGGAGACAUGCACGACUCGAUUAUUGGGUAAUGAUAUCGAUUUCGUCAACCUUCGAAAUGAACAGUACGCAGAAGACUCUAGAAUCCCUAGUAUUAAGACUGGUACUCCCGAGGAAGAUGCAUUUCGUAGAGAUGCCACUCUCAAUUCACUUUUCUUUAAUCUAUCGACGAUGAAGGUUGAAGAUUUGACUGGAAAAGGUUUGGAUGAUUUACGAAACGGAAUAUUGAGGACUCCGUUGGAUCCUAUAAAGACGUUUAUUGACGAUCCGUUGAGAUGUCUAAGGUUAAUUCGAUUUGCAUCCAAUUUUGGCUUUAUCAUCGAUCCAGAAGCAUCCAAGGCGAUGAAACUGGACUCAAUUCGAACUUCGUUGGAUCAGAAAAUAAGUCGAGAGAGGAUAGGAACUGAGUUCAGAAAGACCAUCUUGGGAGGAGACGCUGUCUAUGGCUUGAAGCUUAUGAGAGAUGUUGGAUUUAUUGACAUUUUCGGCUUUGGAGAGAAGGAGCGAGGAGAGGAAAAGGUGAUUAAGGGAGCAGACAAUGUUAGUGAUGCAGUUCUAAAGAGACUAUCAACCGAUGGAGUGAGUAAAUCAUUAGAUGAUGUGGUUGAAAAGUUACCAUUGAUAGAAGAACAAAACGGAGGCUUUAAUAGGCUUCAAGAGCUGAUUAAACAGGUGAAAAGUGGCAGCGAUAUCACGAGAUUGGCAUUCUACUGCUCGUUGAUAUUGAAUAGAUGGAACGAUGUCAAGGUGGAGAUUGGUAAGGACGCCAAAAAGACGGGAAAGAAGAAGAAGGUGAAAACAGUUGGAGCAGCAUAUUUGGUUAUUCUACAAGGAUUAAAGAUGCCCAUAAAGCUUGCCGAACUUAGUGAUCAGAUAGUCUCAAAUAUGCAGAGAUUCAGUGACGAUUUUGGUCACUUCAAAGAGAUGAAAAGGUCACAAUUGGCACUGAAAAUGCUCAUUCCGUACGGAGAAAACUGGAGGUUGAACUUGUUGGUCUACUAUAUGUUACGGAACUUCAAAGAAAUGGACAAGAUCAAAGAAAACAGCGUCCAAAUUGAAGAGUUGUUGGAACUGGUCGAUAAUCAGGGGCUUGAAAACAUCUACAAAGAACCAGUAAAGGUUAAUGGUCGAGAAUUGAUCGCAUUAACAGGAAAGAAACCCGGUCCAUGGCUGAAAGAGAUCAAUGAGAAACUCUUUAAAUAUCAGCUCGAUCACCCAGAUUGCACCAAAGAUGAGAUGCUCAAAGAGGUCGUGCAGAAGUAUUAUAAUUGA